AUGGAGGCGGCGGAGGGCGGGUUGACGGCGUACGAGCGCCUGCGCCAGCAGAUCCAGGAGCGCAAUGCGGCGAAGCUCCGCCAGCUGGGCGUCACCGCGUCCGCGGAAGACCUCACCACCGCGAUCGCCGCCAAGAAGCGCGCCGCCCCUCCCCGCCCCAAGCCCCACCCCGCGGAACCGCAACAGCCCUUGCGCCGAUCCCUCCGCAAUCGCGGCAUGGCUCCGGAAAACGCACCUGCGGAUGGCGGGGGGGACGGGGGGGCUGUUUCCGCCAGCGCUGGCGCUGCCAUCGCGGAAGAGGAUGCGCCGGAAGGGCAUUUGCCCGCGCGGAGUUUAAACCGCGAGGCGGAGGAGGACGCGGCGCUCAUGCGCGUGUUGCGCGCGCGCAUGGUCCCGCGGGGCUUUGCGCUAGAGACAGAAGAGACGUCCGGGGACGAGGGCGGGGAGGAGGGGGGAGAAGAGCGCAAACGAGAAGAAGAAGAGCGUGGGGCGCAAGGGGGGAGUUUUGACGAACCACAUGAAGGAGAGAAGGACGGCGGGAGGAGCGAGAGGCGCAGCAGGAGGGGGAAGGCAAAAGAGACGGAGAAGGCGGAAUCUGAUGAAGUGAGCGAUGGCGUGGGGGGCGUGCGGCGGUUACCACUGUCCGGCAAGCGAGUGAAAGGGCGAGGAACAACCGGAGUGGAAGAGGAAGAGGGCAAGAGAGGAAAGGGGGUGCAUGGCGUGAAGGGGAGUGCGGUGAAGGGGGAGGCGGGGGAGGAGGGGGGGGAGAGUGAGGUGAUUAGAGAGCAGGGGUGGGUUAGGGAGGCGGUGGAGGCGGGGAGGUUGCAACUGGCGGAGGGCGAUGUGGGCAAGCUGACCAAGGAGCGGAUCCACAACGUCAUCAAGCUGCCCUUCCGGUAUGCUGGUGGAAGCACGGGGCACGACGGAGUCCCGUUGGUGGUGGUAGCAGGGGUCGAGACAGGGCAGGUGGUUUUAUGGUACCCGUGUCAGAAUCCUUUCCUUUAUCACAACCCGGCCACAUGGACGCUCACGCUGCACCCGGAUCGUCUGGUGGUGGUGGCAGGGGACAAGGCAGGGCAGGUGGGCGUGUGGGACCUGGGGGGCAUGGACGCUCGCGGCUGCGCUGCUGCUGCUGCUGCUGCUGCGAUUGGAAGCGGUAGUGCUGAAGGCGGUGACUCUGUGGAUGGCAGGAGCAGCAGCAGCAGCAGUGGAGGGGCAUCGGAGGGUGCGACGGGCAUGUUCACCUUCUGGCCGCAUUUCGACCCUGUGUCAGGCCUCGCCCACUGCCCUCUCUCGCUCUCCAAUGUCUACACGGCUUCAUACGACGGAACCCUCCGCUGUCUGGACGUGACCCGGGCGUCCUUCCUCCUGCUGCACUCCUCCUCCCAGUUCUCCUUCUCCACCCUCACCCCCUCCCCGCCCUCCUCGCCCUUCUCGCCCCUCCUCCUCCUCGGAACCUCCUCCGGUCACCUGGUUGCCUUUGAUCCCCGGGCAGCCCACGGGGGCCCUGUGGGCAGCUGGGAAAUUCACGGGAAAAAGGUCAGCACGAUUAACUUCUGCCCCGGGCAGGAGGAAAUUAUUGCCACGGCUUCUACUGACCGGACUGUGUGCUUGUGGGAUGUGCGGAAGAUGGUGGGUGGGGGAGGGGGAGGGAGGGGAGGGGGAGGGAGGGGAGGAGGAGGAGGAGGAGGAGGAGGAGGAGGGAAGCGGAGGAAGGCAGAGGGCGAAGGGCAGGGAGCGGGGGGAGGGGCUAUAUUGUUCCGCGCAGCUCAUUCCGCGUCAGCAGUCUCUCCUCUCAUGAAGCUGCCGCACAGCCUCGCCGUCAACUCUGCGUACUUCUCACCUGAUGGGGCCUUCCUUGUCUCCACCAGGUGUGUUCUCUUGCAUGCUGGCCUGCGCACCUCUCUCACACGCCUCCCUCGUGCACCUCUCUCACACGCCUCCCUCGUGCACCUAGCCAUGUGGACGAGUAGCAGUCAGCACGUGGUGGUGGGCGGCAUGGGGCACUCCCUGGAUAUCCUCUCUGCUGCUUCAGCCACAUGGCUACCUGCUCUCACCAGCCCAGAGCACAUGACCUCCAUCCCUGCACGCCUCGCCUUGACCCCUCUCUGCCCAUCAUCGCCGGUGGUGGCGCCAGUGGCCGUGUCUUUAUCCGCCACCACUGCUAUGGACUGCCUGGGGGGGAAGAAGCGGUGGGGGCGAUGGGGGGAAGGGGAGAUGGAGGGUGGGGGGAGUGGAGGGGAGUGGGGAGAUGCGGGGAGAGAUGGGAGAGAGGGGACGGGGCAAGGGCUGCGAAAGGAGAAUGUGGAAACGGUUGGGAGGGCGGGUGGCAAGGUUACCGAGGGAAGGGCAGGAUGGAGUGAGGUGGCCAAUGAGAUACGAGAGACGAGAGAUGGGAGGCGGGAGACAGGGGAGGUGCGCGGCCAUUAG